AUGGCUACAGGGCAGGUGCAGUGGGUGAGCUGUCUGCUGAUAGAUGUGGGUUCUGUUUCUAUAGAGACGAAUAUUUUUCCUUCUUUUGUUGAUGCUGCUCUCGCGCUGCUGAGCUCUCGUUUUGCUGCUGACCCUAAACACGUUGCUGCUGUUCUUACAUACGGCAGCAGCAGGACACACAACCCCCUUGCUGAUGCAUCUUCUGCUGCUGCAGCAGCACCACCACCUGCUGCUGCUGCUGCUGCAGCAGCAGCAGCAGCAGCAACAGAUGCAGCAGCUCAGUCUGCUUCUGUAGCAGCAGCAACUCCUUCUCCUCCCCCCCUUUCAGCAGCAGCACCACCACCACCAUCACCACCACCAUCACCACCACCACCAUCAGCAGCAGCAGCAGCAGCAGCAGCAGCAGCAACAGCAGCAGCAGCUGCUCCAUAUUCAUAUGUAGAGAUAAUACGAGAUUUUGUUUGUAUACCUAAACACGUUGCUGCUGUUCUUACAUACGGCAGCAGCAGGACACACAACCCCCUUGCUGAUGCAUCAUCUGCUGCUGCAGCAGCAGCACCACCUGCUGCUGCUGCUGCAGCAGCAGCAGCAGCAGCAGCAACAGAUGCAGCAGCUCAGUCUGCUUCUGUAGCAGCAUCAACUCCUUCUCCUCCCCCCCUUUCAGCAGCACCACCACCACCACCAUCACCACCACCACCACCAUCACCACCACCACCAUCAGCAGCAGGAGCAGCAGCAGCAGCAGCAGCAGCAGCAGCUGCUGCUCCAUAUUCAUAUGUAGAGAUAAUACGAGAUUUUGUUUGUAUUGAUUGGCCUCUUAUAGAAAAAAUAAAAAACUUUUUGCUGCCGGGGGGGAGAGCAGCAGACCCCCUCGAUGCAUGCAUUGUUGCUGCUUAUUUAUUUCAACAAAAAUUUAAUAAACAAAUACAACAAAAAAAAGUAUAG